AUGGACGACCUUUCAACAAGCAACGCAACGUUCCCGUUUUUUUCAACCAAUGACAACGAUAUCAGCACAUCGACAAGGUCAAGAAACGGGACAGGAUUUCCAGGUUUCUUCUUUGGGCCGGGAAAACUGCGAUAUGAUGACCUCGGGCUCACCACUCGGGUGUCGGUGUGGGUGUUGUGCGGUGCUUCGCUGAUGUUCUUGCUCUUGAGGAUCUAUUGCUCAACCAUCACGACCAACAUGGCCAUCGACCUCGGCUACGGCAAGCACGUCUGGCAAAUCCCCUUUCGAAACCUCAACGACAUGUUCCUCAUCGGGCAGAUCACCGUCACGCUCGCCAUCUGCAGCCAAGCCUGGUCCAAGACCUCGUUUGCCAUCUCGCUUCUCAUGAUCCACGAUGGCAUACACGGCAAGACCAGGGUGUUUAUCUGGUUUGCCAUUGUGAGCAUGAACAUGCUGUUUGGCGUGUCGGCCAUGCUGUUUUGGGUUGGGUGCACGCCGCUGGAGAAGGCGUGGCAUCCGUUCAUGAGAGGGACUUGUUGGAGCCCGAAUGUGGUUAUCACUUAUGGAAUCUUUGCUAGUGGUAUGUCUUCUUGGCCGGUCGGUCUUGAAGAACUGUCUGUGGUACUGACGCUGUGUUUCAGCUUACUCUGGUGUGAUGGAUCUGGUUCUGGCUAUUAUUCCCUGGAAGAUUAUCAUGAACUUGCAGAUGCAGACAAGAGAGAAGAUUGGCGUGGCGUUGGCGAUGAUGCUGCCGCGUCAGCUUUCAUCAAGUGUUCGUCACUGCCCGAGCUGGGAGGUCGUGAUUUUCCACGUAAGUUCCCUCUUGUCCCAAGGCGUUGGAAGGGGAAGAUUGACGUGUCGAUAGACGACGGGGUCACACUCGUGAUAUGGGGUAAUGCCGAGGCAGCAGUCACCAUCAUGGCCGCAUCAGUGCCAAUGCUUCGUGCAUUGGUACGAACUGUCAGGCCUUCGCGACGAAGGAACUAUUACUCAAGCUACAGCCGUUCGAGACGGACUGAGCGGUCGUCCAGGAGGGUUUACUACAACAAACCAAGGCGAGACUUGGUGACCAUGACUGGGUCAACGUGGACAGGUGGAUCGAGCAGCAGGACGUAUACUUAG